CUGUCGGAGCCCAUGGCGCCUGCGGCGGGGAGCUGGGCCCCAGUCCUUUGGCGGGCCUGUAACUGGCUCAUGGCCGCGUUCUUCGCGCUGGCGGCCUUGGUGCAGGUAAACGAUCCAGACGCAGGACUGUGGAUGGUGGUAUACAUGAUACCUGCGGUGCUGAGCCUGCUUGUGGGACUUAACCCUCUUGUCACCGGCAACUUAAUUUGGAAGAGUGCCUCUGCAAUACACAUAUUCUUUUGUAUCGCGUGGGCUGUCGGCUUGGCCUGCCAUCUCUGGCUUCACUCCCAACAGAACAUCUUACAUGAGGAAGAAGGCAGGGAGCUGUUUGGUCUGGUGAUUAUCACAGUAUGGAUGGGCCUAUGUCACAGUUCAUCAAAGAAUCCGGUUGGUGGAAGAAUUCAGCUGGCUACUGCCAUUGCAAUCGCUCUCCUCCCAUUUAUCUCUUGGACCUACAUCUACAUAAACAAGGAGAUGCGAUCCUCCUGGCCGACUCACUGCAAGACAGUAAUUUAA